AACGGCAAAACCACUCGGUGCCGCCACUCCCCACCGCUGCAUCCCAAAUCCCCCAAUUCUCCCCCUCUCCGCCUCCUCGCGACCUCGCCGACGCCGCCCGCCCUCCAGGGCUCUGCAGCCCUGGCUCCGGGGGCCCCGGAGGCUCGCGGCGGCGUCCUCGCUCGACACCCACCCACCUCCGCGGACGACUCGCGAUCCCGGCGCGCCCCUGCGUUUGGGACCCGCGCACGUCUCCCGCGCCGCGGCCGCACACGCGCGCGCCAGGUUUGGGUGAAUUUGUAUUACCGUCUUUAACUUACCAAAAUGAAAUGCAAUGCUUGCUGGCGGGAAGUGGAAGGGCAGGCCAUAACCACCACUUGCGGUCAUCUUUUAUGUACUGAGGAUGCGAAGAAAAUAUUGAGUAAUGAUGGUGCAUGUCCAAUAUGCGAUCAAGUUCUGUCGAAAAGCCAUAUGAAGCCAGUGGAUGUAGAUCCGAAUGAUGAUUGGACAAAUAUGGCAAUGGCUGGGAUUUCUCCACAAAUACUCAUGAAAAGUGCAUACAGAAGUGUCAUGUUUUACAUUGGACAAAAGGAAUUGGAGAUGCAGUACAAGAUGAACCAUGUUGUUGGUCAGUGCAGACAGAAGAUUGAACUUAUGCAGGGAAAGUUUACAGAGAAGCUAGAAGAACUGCACACUGCAUACCAAAAGAUGGGUAAAAGGUGCCAGUUGAUGGAACAGGAAAUUGAAAACCUCACCAAGGAUAAGCAAGAGCUUCAAGAGAAAUUUGCAGAGAAAUCCAGGCAGAAGAGGAAGCUCGAUGAGAUGUAUGAUAAACUAAGGACUGAGUAUGACUCUGUGAAACGUUCGGCCAUCCAGCCUGCCAAUAACCUCUUCCCAAGGGCUCAGCAAGACUUGUUUGCAGGCAUGCCAAAUAUGAUGGAUAACAGUAAUCCUCUCAGGCAAGGAUUGGUUUUUACCCCUGACACUCCAGGGCGGAGAGAGGAGAUGUGGGCUCCCGCACCACGGCAGCGGCACUCUAACCCUGAUACAUUUGAAGUUUCUGGGGGAUCUGCUCACAUGGGAGCUCCUCCUGUUGAUGCUAGACCCCGCAGACCAGCUGGGCCUGUCUUUGGAGCUGGCACGAACAAUCCUUCUGCAGCCUUGCGGAAUAUGCUGGUCUCACCGGUGAAGCGCCCUCAGCAGUCUCGAAACCGUCUACACAUGUUCACGCUGUAGAAUUGGACUGCGAGAUCUCAGCGGGCACGUGUACAUGAUGUAAAUCUCCCUGUGCUUUGUUUUGAUAGAAAAUGCUCCUGUGUAUCCCUGGGACACGGCUUCCUCAUUUCUCAGAAGCACGGUAGCAAGCAGAGCUGCACAUUAUUUCCUUGCCUGGUUACAGUGGAAUGUACAGUAUCCAUGUGAUUCUCGCCCAAUCUUUUCUGGCCAUGCUCUAUUGCUCUAUAGGAAGGUUGAUCCAUAUAGCCAUGCGCAUGACAAAUAUAGUAAUGGAAGGCAGUGAUACUAUUUACUUUUUUGCCUCAGUUAAGUUUUUAUAUUAGUUAAAUCACAGUAUCUGACCAGUUGUUUUAGCUUCCCCUGAAAAUCUAUCUGGUUGCUGCGUUUUUGUCACUGCUUGACAGCUUAUGUACUGACUUACAUGGAUUCCAUUAAGCAGUUGUGCUUAUGUAAUCUAGUUGAUGUUCAGGCCAA